AUGACAGAAACAUAUCCAAAUAUUAUUGCUAUAAAUAAAGCAAAAAAGUUGCUUGAAUCUAAUUUAGAUAGUAUGGAUGAUGAUUCUGAAAAUACUAAUUGGAAAAUUGAUUCUACAUUAACUAUAGUAAGUGAAGGUAUAGAAGUAGAAGACACAAUAGAAAUACCACAAAUCAGUAAGUGUGCAAAAGUUAUUGUUACUAUAAAAGUUACAGAUUUAAAAUCAAAGGUCCCAAAAAAUACUUACCUAUUAAAUAAAACACAUAUUGGAAAUUCCAGUACUUUUCCUCCUAUACCUUUAUAA